AUGACCGAUAGACAUGGAAACCUCUCAGCCAAGCCCUUUCAGGAUUUUGUACUGGGUGGAUUCAGGGGAGAUGUGGAGACACAGGCCCUGCUCUUUGCCUUCUUCCUGGCCCUGUAUGUGGUAACUGUCAUAGGCAACCUCACCAUGAUUACAGUCAUCACCCUGGAUGCCCGCCUGCACUCCCCCAUGUACUUCUUCCUCAAGAACCUGUCCUUCCUGGACCUCUGCUAUUCCUCUGUCAUUGCCCCCAAUGCCCUGGCCAACUUCUUCUCCUCCUCCAGGGUCAUCAGCUUCAGAGCCUGUGCCACUCAGUUGUUUUUCUUUUCUCUUCUUGGUACUACAGAGGCUUUACUUUUGGCUGUGAUGGCCUAUGACCGCUUCAUGGCCAUUUGCAACCCCCUGCGUUACCCCAUGACCAUGUGCUACAUGGUCUGUACUCACCUGGUGCUGGGCUCCUACUUUGGAGGCUGCCUCAACUCCAUUGUGGAGACCACCCUCACCCUCCAGCUGCCCUUCUGCAGCUCCAACUGCAUCGAUCACUUCUUCUGUGAUGUGCUCCCAUUGCUCAGACUUGCCUGUGCUGACACAGCUCUCAAUGAGCUGGUCAUGUUCAGUAUCUGUGGCUUCAUCCUGCUGGGUGCAACAAUUGGGAUCUUGACUUCCUAUGGCUACAUCACAGUGACCAUCCUCAGGAUGCCCUCUGGUUCCAGGAGAUUCAAGGUCUUCUCCACCUGUGGCUCCCACCUGCUGGCAGUGUGCUUAUUUUAUGGAACAGGGUUUGUUGUAUAUGGGCAGCCAGGAGCUGUGAAGUACAAGGAGAAGGGCAAGUUUAUUUCCAUCUUCUACACCCUGGUCAUCCCGAUGCUCAACCCUCUCAUCUACAGUCUGCGCAACAAGGACGUGAAGGAUGCCCUGUGGAGGCUGGUACAGAGAUGGGCGGCCCUGUGA